CCCCGCUAACCUCAUACUUAGACUUUCCGCUUGUCUGCUAACUAUGCGUUACAAUGCUGCACAUCGUUCAAGCCAGACGUAGCUUCACAUUUCGGUCAGUUCUCAGAUCUACGCCUCGGCAGUUGCCAGGGGUUGGAACCAUCGUACCACCCUCUCCAUGACAUUUCAGCCGGCAGCACACAAACUCACAAUCCGAGAUCUUCAUCCUCAAUCGGCCACAUUCCAGCAACACGAGCUGAUGUCUCAGAAACUUCGUUUACGGUUUACCAGUCGACACGACCGAUCACGGCGCAAGCCACUACCCUCCCAGCCGGGUCCAACUGGGUUUCCCCCUUGACUCCGGCGCUCCGCCACAAGACUCAACGACACGCUCUGUGGCUUCUCUCAACAUCGCGCAACCAACUCAUAUCCCGUUCCCACCCACACGUGGGGAAAUGGGGGGGUGCCGUAGAUCACGAGAGUGGAUGCGGCGUCAAAGGACCGAAAGCGCGUUUAUCUCAGUACAGCCAAGCUCCGGAAGAACUUUUACGAUUUUCAUCGACAAUCUGCCGUUUGCGGCCAUGAAGCAGAUAUUUCCUCCUCGUAUUCACUCAACAGACGAAAGAUUUUCCAUGGAUUGAGUUCGGAGCCAAUUAGGUAUUGAGGGCAAUGAGUCUGAUUAAUGUGAUUUUUCUAACCAGAUUUUCUUACUAGAUCUUUAAGCUUGCAGUCUAUGAUGGAGACGAAGGAAUCCACCAGAAUUUCCUCCGGGAUACCAUGAGCGGCAGUUGAUGACUGAACAAUUCCUCUCGUUCCCUAUAGACAAUGAUCCCGCGACCAGGCUGGAAUGCUGAGUCCACCGGACUUCGGGAACCGGCUGUCUCACGGCGAGACAGCGUCGAUGACGUUCUCAUAGGGCUUGGACAAGAGCAAGGCUGUCUUCGGCGCCGAAGAGACAUGAUCCGGGCCGUACGGAUACGUUGGCUUGGCCCUCUCGUUGCCCUGGAUUGCAGUCGCAUUCCGUUCCCCCUCGCCAUUCUGGUCUCACUCUGAAUCGCCUCGCGCAGGGUCGCAGCGAUCACCAACAUUCCUCACACCCGAAGAUAUCCACCAGAUCCAUCGCGCAAUGUCUCACUCUGAACAACUACCUCACCAAACCCACCACACUUGCCUCUGAUCUAUCCGGAUCCGACGAAAUGCUCUUCUCCCCUGGUUCCGUACCUCGCCCGGCACAACUCUCUUCGCUGGACCACUCGCGUGUAAGCCAUGCUCGCUUACAGGUUCAUCCCAAAAAUACCUCUUCUUCUUACCACAUCCGUCCAACUGUCAGUCCCAACUGCCCACUAUGGCGUACGCCAAAACGGUCCGAACUGGCAGAGUGCACGAGGAGCUCGCAACAUCUUUUGCCGCAUGCAGCCACAUUCGAGAUCUCUGAAUUUUCACGAUGCCCUUGGCUCAAGAUUUUCCCACUUGGGAUGGAGCUCACGAACUGUUCCUGCAUGGUCCCACCGACGUUCUCGGUAAUGUUCUCAGGAGGAUGGGCAGACUUACACCACACGAUCAAUGGCUAUAUCAAGUCUCCUCGAACCCAGCCGAUAUCAGUCCUUUCUUCUUAUCCUCAUCACAGCAAACACAGCUUCAAAACCCCCCCUUCUCUCUGAGCUUCUGCUUCAACAUUCGCUUUCGUCUUUCGUUCUCUCUAGCUCAAGAUCAAGAGUCUAGUCAAACAGAACCAACCACCACUCUCGCUUACAUUUACAAACCAUCAAGAUGGUUUCUCCUGCCAUGAUCCGCCUCGCCGCGGGUGCCGCCCUCUUGGCCGGUGUCAACGGCCAGUCGACUACCUCGACCACCGUCGUCGCUCCGACUACGACCGUGACGCCCAGCACCACCGUGACCGUGGCUAACCCCACCACCACGGUCACCGGCGGCGGCACCACCACCACUCUGACCUCUUCCGCCAGCUCCAGCAGCACGGCGUCCACCAGCACCUCCAUCGUGACCAGUGUCGGCAGCUCUACCGUCACGGUCAUUGCUCCCACGAGCACCUCGGUCACCACGGAUUCCACCCUCAGCAGCGGCGCCAGCACCGUCCCGAGCACCACCGAGACCUCGACUUCUACCGGCUCGACUUCCUCGGACCCCGGCGUCGCCACCUCGUCGACCACCACCACCGACGUGGUCACCUCUACCGUCCUCACGACCUCGGCCCUCAACACCACCGACCCCGGCGUUCUCCCUACCUUUACCAGUUCCACCGUGACCCUUCCCAACAACAGCACCACUGUCAUCCCUGUCCCGGUUGAUCCCACCGUCACUCCUCCUCCCGUCUUCCCCAACGGAACCGCCCCUAUCACCAUCCCUCCCCCGGUGACGACCACCACUUGCAACUUCAACGGCACGUGCAAUGUCAUCACCCUGCCCCCUUGCGUGACGAUCACCUCCUGCUACAACGGCUACUGCAAGCCCGUCACCACAAUCACCUACCCCCUUCCCCCUGUCGUUACUCCCCCUACAGUGACGACCAUCACUCGCUGCAACUUCAACGGCACCUGCUCGACCUACACGCGCCCAGUCUACGUUCCCGCCACGAGCACCCAGGCACCCUUCUACACUGACUGCUCGACCCUUACAAAGACGUACACUACCUGCAACAACGCCGUCUGCAGCACCGUCACCACGACUACUACUUCGUCUUUCACUCGCCCGGGAACUCCUACCCCUACUGGCCCUGGUGGCUCGACCUUGGUCACGAAGCCCUCGAACCCGGCCUCGCCUCCUGUCAACCCGCCUACCAACCCCAGCAACCCUCCUACCAACCCGUCGAACCCUCCCAGCAACCCAAGCAACCCUCCCGCCAACCCUCCCAGCAACCCUCCUAGCAACCCUCCUUCCAACCCUCCCAGCAACCCUCCUAGCAACCCUCCUUCCAACCCUCCUUCUAACCCUCCCUCAAACCCUCCCUCAAACCCUCCCUCAAACCCUCCUUCCAACCCCCCUGCCAGCCCUCCUGCGCAGCCUCCCGCGAACCCCCCUGCCUCCAACCCUCCCUCCAACCCCACCAACCCUCCCGCCGGCAGCUCUCCCGCGACCACUCCGGCCGUCCCCACCACCGUCAGCGGCACCCGCCCCGGCACCACGUCCCCUACCGCCGUGGUUACAGCCGGCGAGCCCGCUCUGAUGGCCGUCAGUGUGAUGCCGUUGAUGAGCGUUCUUGGUGCGGUUGCCAUUGGUAUGGCUGUGUUCUUGUAAUCUGGACCCUGCAGUUGUUUAGGGGUACCAUGAACAAGUAUGAGUUUGGCACAGGCUUGAUAGCUAAAGCUGGAUGUGAGAAGAACGUUUCCUUUGUAUUGAAUGCUCUUGUAUGAUGAGCUGGAAUAGAUUUGGUGAUAAAAUUGGUGAGGGAGGCCAUGGAUGAUGGUUUUGUAAUGAGGAUGAGUUCAGAGAGAGAGAGAGAGAGGUAGAUGAGGAAGAGACAUAAUGAAAAUUAUUAUUUC